AAUUGACAAUCUCAAUUUUCGUUUCAUUUGAUCGUUUUUAAUUAAAUAAUACAUUUGAAGCCAAUUAUUUCUUGAUUAUUAAGAUAAUUGCUUUCAGGAAUGAAUUUAAUUCCUUGAGCUUAUCAAACCAUUAAUACCGAAUUCGCAAGAUAAUUUGUACAAUCAAUCUUUUGGGCUUUUCAAAUCACAUUUGUAAAUAUUGUGAUGCUUGAAGUGUUAUUGAGUACCUAGCAAAUGAUUUGAUAUAAAUUCAAUGCCCUUUUGUAUACAAAGAAAAUAUUAAAUUAAAAUGGACCUGUCUUCAAAUAAUCUCUCUGGAUUACUUCAAAAAUUGUGUGCAGGAUUGUCACUGGAUCCAGAUGGUGCAUAUGAACUGGCUGUGUCAUAUUUAUCAUCCACUGGCGAGAAAACUCGAACAGUUCAGGAUGAAAGACUGCUAUGCCAGAAGAUUCAGUCAAGACUUACCAGUGUGUCUGCAAGAGAUGCAGAUAAAUUUAUGGAAUAUUAUUCAAAACUCAAAACUUCUUUUAUUCUAAAACAGCGUGUGUCAGUGUUGUCCCUAUUGCUUGCUCUGUCGGAGACACCUCAGCAUGUGGAAUCUACACAACAACUAUUCCCAAUACCACAUCUAGCAGCUACUAAAUCAUCAUCAGGAAUCUGUGGAACUGCAUCAAGUACCAGUAAAAGUACCAUUGGGUCUGUGAGUUGGGGCAGUCAUGCUCCCAAACAGCAAGGUUCCAAUCAAAGCCUCCCAUCAAAUAACAGCAACAUGGCAGUUGUACUGCAAACUAAUGAUCGAUCGAACGAGCGCACGUGCGUGCGAGAGGCAGUAUUGGCCGCUACCGGCGUACGGUCACGCGGCGCUAGCGUGGCGCCGCGGCCGCAACAAGCAUUACACGCGCGUAUUGCACAUCUUGGCUUCUUACACGACCGACUCAAGGAGUUUAUCGACCCAUCGUCUGGACUUAUGCCACAAGGCUUAAUGGGCGAAGGACUUGUGGCGUCAAUCAGAGAUGAACUAACUGAAUAUUAUCGUAGUGUGGCUCUGCUACAAUCACAGGCGUGUGAAGGAGAUGGCGGUGGUGGCACGCUGCGCAGAGUAUGUGUGUGGGCGCAGGAGCCUCUACACAGACUCACUUGGCUUGCCAAUAUUGCACAUGCAGCUCAUCACAAGAAAGGCGGUGAGCUGGCGUCGUGCGUGCACCGGUUCGUGCGGCACGGCGACGAGCGCGUCGCCAUGUUGGCGCGCAGACUGCUCACCGCGCUCACGUACCCACUGCUACUCAUGCUCACUCGCUGGCUCAUACACGGUGAGAUUGACGACCGAUUCAACGAGUUCUUCAUUGAAAGCAGAAGUGGAGUGCCUAUUGAUAGGAUGUGGCAUGACAAGUACAGAGUGAGGGAAUGGAUGGUGCCGUCGUUCAUGUCCCGGGAGCAGGCUGCGCAGAUCCUGGCGACGGGUAAGAGCGUGGUGUUCAUGCGCGAGGCCUGCCAGGACGAGCCCGCCGGGCCCAGCGACCACGCGCAGCAUCUGCAGGCCUUGUUGAAGCCACACACCACGAGUGGCGGCGGGCGCUGGGAGGGGUGCGCGUGGUGGGAGGCGGGCGGGCUGCGCGAGGCGGUGGCGGGCGCGCACGGCGCGGCGUCGGCGCGGCUGCUGGCGGCGCUCACGGAGCACCACCACCUGCUGGACCACCUGGCCGCGCACCGCCGGUACCUGCUGCUGGCGCAGGGCGACUUCGUGCACCAUCUCAUGACGCUGCUGCAGGAUGAGCUGAACAAGCCGGCCACGUCCCUGUACGUGCACAACCUGACGUGUACGCUGGAGGCGGCCGUGCGCGCCACCAACGCGCAGUUCGAGCCCCAGCACGUACUGGCGCGGCUGCACGUCAACCUCUACCCCAACUGUGACGGUCGCGAUGACUGUGGUUGGGACGUAUUUGCGCUGCAGUAUCGAGUGGACGGGCCGCUGGGCACGUUGUUCCCGGCGACGUGCGCCGCGCGGUACCGGGCGCUGUUCACGCAGCUGUGGCGCGUCAAACGGAUCGAGUACGGCCUGCACGACGCCUGGCGUGAACACGCCAUUUUACAAAAGAGACUGAAGCAUAUGCCAGAGGUGUGGAGCGUGAUGCGGCGCGUGUCGUGCCUGCGGCUGGAGGCGCUGCGGCUGAUGGGCGCGCUGCAGGACGCGGCGGGCGUGGGCCCCGAGCCGGCGUGGCGCGCGCUGCUGGGCGCCGCGGCCGCGCGGGCCGACCUCGACACGCUGCUGCGCCUGCACCACACCGCGCUCGACCGACACUCCAUCCACGCCAUGAUACACCACACCACGCAGGAGUUGCAGUCGUACUUAGGCAACGUGUUGAACGAGACCCUGGCACUGCGCAGCUUUGAGUCGACGCUCCACGCUGGCAUUAACGCAGAGCUCGAGCGACGAGACAGGAUCGAACAGAUGAAGGCGGACAGGGUGAUGCGCGGUGAAUACGCUUUCACGGCGGCAGAUGAGGCUCAGGACAAAGAGAAGAGGAAGAUCUUCCAGCAGUUCCUGGCCAGUCGCAGGGCCGACCUCAACGUCUGGGCGCGCACGUACAGGGGCCACGUGACGACGUUGAUCCUGAAGCUGGCGCUGCACCCGGAGGUGUCGCUGCAGACGCUGGCGUUCCGCCUCGACUACAGCGACUUCUACAAGCGAGGCGACGCCAAGCUGCACGAGCCGCUCACCUACCAACACAAGCGACUGUCCGAGAUCGGACUCAAUUUAGCUAAGAACAAACUAAUAGACCGUACAAAGAAGAAAUGACAUGUGGAUGUAUCGGAAUGUUUCGCGCCCAAUGCGUUCUGCUCGCCGUGUGUCGGCUUCGCGUGUGUCUGAACUCCCGUGCAGUGACAACUAUACACAGCGCUUGUUCCACGCGAUACAUUGCAAGUUACUUUAUAUCAUUAUAUCAAUUUUAUAAAGACCAAUUAAAUCCUUUUAACUUUAAGUGAAACUAACUACAAUAUUCCGUUUUCUGAAUGAUUUGAUCCUCCCUUGCAAUGUAUCGUAGGGAACAAGUAUAUUUACUAUAGGUCGCACAACUUUCCUACUUCUAACCCAAAAAUAAUGUCGUAUGUUUUUUAUUUCAUAAAUAAGUUGGUACUUUUAUUGUUAUGAACUGAAUCUCGAGGCAGUCAUUCUAUGUAAAGAGUAUCUGAAAGAGAAUAUGACUGAAGGGCGAAUUUAACGAUAAUAGCUUAGCCUGGGAUUUUUUAAAUCCAGUUUUCAUCUUCUUUUAAUGCGUUCCAUCACAUGUCAAGGCCCCGCAGGUCGAGGCUUGCCUGGCAAGCUUGAGUCCAAGUCAUCAGCUCGCUAGUCAGUAACUCGUCUAGUGAAUAGACUGCCUUAUGAAAAUUCUCUUUUUUAUAAAACUAUGUUAAACUAACGCUCUCUAUAAGUCAGUAUGUGCCAUUAAUGCCACAUUAUACAUUUUUUUAUUACA